CUUGUGAAUAUUUUUUGAGAAGAACAAGAUGGGACGAAAAGUGACGGUAGCUGUUGCAACGCUCAAUCAAUGGGCUUUAGACUUCGAAGGGAAUCUCUCAAGGAUUCUCCAAUCGAUUGUCGAGGCCAAGGAAAUGGGUGCGACAUAUCGAACAGGGCCUGAGCUUGAAAUUUGUGGCUACAGCUGCGAAGAUCAUUUCCUAGAACCUGACACCUUCCUGCAUUCAUGGGAAGUUCUUCUGGAACUCCUGCAGUCAACGUUCUGCCAAAAUAUCCUAAUAGACGUUGGGAUGCCGGUACAGCACAGGAAUGUCUCGUACAAUUGCCGCGUUGUCUUUUUCAAUCGCAAAAUCCUCCUAAUUAGACCUAAAAUGCAAAAUUGCGACGAUGGCUGCUAUCGUGAGACAAGGUGGUUCUCAAUGUGGAAGAAGGUGUGUAUGACGGAAGAUUUCUACCUGCCCCGGAUGAUUUCGGCAGUUACGGGGCAGCAAACAGUCCCCAUUGGGGAUGCAGUUAUAGCCACAAGGGACACAUGUAUUGGCUAUGAAAUAUGUGAGGAACUUUGGAAUCCCAAGAGUACCCAUAUCGACAUGUCCCUGUCCGGUGUGGAGAUUAUCAUUAACAGUUCUGGGAGCUAUAUGCAACUGCGUAAGGCCUACAUAACAGCAGAUUUAAUAAGGAAUGCAACGUACAAAGCCGGUGGGGCGUACUUGUUUAGCAACCUGAGGGGGUGUGAUGGGCAGCGUGUUUAUUUCAAUGGAUGCUCCGCAGUAGCGCUCAACGGUGAAAUAAUUGCGAGAGGAAAGCAAUUUUCCCUGCAGGACGUUGAAUUAACAAUAGCAACGAUUGAUUUGGAGGAUAUUAGGAGCUAUAGGAUGGCCCUACGAUCGAGGAGCAUCCUAGCGGCUUCAGCUCCAACGUACCUCCGGGUAAAUGUGGAUUUUGAGAUGUCCGGACAGAAUUGCUUGAGUAUCCCAGCUAGUGUGCCCCUGCAGUGGAAGUACCACACGCCUGAGGAGGAAAUAGCCCUGGGUCCGGCUUGCUGGCUCUGGGACUACCUCCGACGUUCAGGGCAGGGUGGGUUCUUCCUUCCACUGAGUGGUGGUGUUGAUUCUAGCAGCACAGCAGCGAUUGUUCACUCCAUGUGUCGCCUCGUGGUGAAUGCCAUUGAAACGGGAGACAUUCAGGUGUUGCACGAUGUGCGGAAGAUCCUCGGAGAUGCAGACUAUACACCAGACAAUGCUCAUGCCCUGUGCAAUCGUCUCCUUGUCACCUGCUACAUGGGUAGUGAGAAUUCCAGCGAGGAGACAAAGCAACGGGCUGCCUUGCUGGCCGAUCAGCUGGGUUGCUAUCAUCUGGAGAUAAAUAUUGACGGGGCUGUGAGUGCUCUCAUUGGGAUUUUCACCUUCGUCACGGGGCUCACGCCCAAAUUUCGCUCCCACGGCGGAUGUCCGAGGCAAAAUUUGGCUCUACAGAACAUUCAGGCACGCAUCCGGAUGGUCUUGGCGUAUCUAUUUGCUCAGCUAAUGCUGUGGGUGAGAAAUCGCCCAGGGGGGCUUCUUGUUCUCGGCACUGCGAAUGUCGAUGAAGCCCUCCGGGGGUACAUGACCAAAUAUGAUUGCUCUAGUGCUGAUAUUAAUCCAAUUGGGGGGAUUUCCAAGGCGGAUUUGAGAAAAUUCCUCCACUAUGUGCGGCAACAAUUCAACCUUCCUGUGAUUGAUGAGAUUGUUAUGGCUCCUCCGACGGCGGAGUUGGAGCCUCUAGCUAGUGGGCAGCUGGUGCAGACGGAUGAGCAGGACAUGGGGAUGACGUAUGCUGAGCUGAGUGAGUACGGAAGGCUACGGAAGCAGGCCUAUUGUGGACCCUUCAGCAUGUUUUGCAAACUCGUGGCAACUUGGGGCAAUGCCUGCACUCCAGGCGAAGUGGCGGACAAAGUUAAGCACUUCUUCCGCUGCUACGCCAUCAAUCGCCACAAAAUGACCGUUCUAACCCCGGCCUAUCAUGCUGAAUCCUAUAGCCCGGAUGACAAUCGCUUCGAUCACAGACCCUUCCUCUAUCGAGCCAACUGGAGUUGGCAAUUCAAAGCGAUUGACGAUGAGCUCGAAAGGAUCGUAGCACAGGGUGCACCAAAUCAAAAUCAACCUUCAGUCGAUCAAAUUUGUGAUUCAGGACAGACAAAGCAGAGUAUCAGUCGCAAAUCUUCCCAUCGUGAUUCAAAGCAUGAUUCAUCAACUUCCCUCGACAAUAAACACAGAUCCAGUCAUACGAAAUUAAAUGUGAAUGUGAUGGGUAAAAUAAGGGACCGAAGCGGCAUACCAGUGUAACAUAUUUUCAACCUUAAUUAUGUUCCUUUUUCGGAUGGGCAGGAAUGGGAUUUUUCGGGGAGUCCGUGGUUCUUUGGGAGGACGGAAUUUUAAAGAGGAGAGAGAUUGUUUUACUUUAGGAUGGAAUUUGCGGUAUGUUGAUGAAACAUAUUUCAAUAAAUUAAUUAUUUUCUUUAUUUUAUUACUGAAAAAAUAUGCGUAGGUUGUAUUAUGCUAUGUAAGCAUAUGUUCAUGAAGCAUAUGUAUGCAGAGUGUUUAUAACUAAUGAUAAAACACAUUUAAACGAUUUUGUAGAGGAACGUAAAGUAUAUAAAUUAGAGUUGAAAGUCAUCGAAAAAUCAUUUGAAUAUUGUGUCUCAAAUAUUUAUGAAGCAUAUGCUUACAGAGCAAUUAGGACAAAUGAGAACACACAGGUAUAUAAAGGAAAAUUUUAGAACAGUAUAAAACAUAAUGAAUAGUUGAAAACUAUUUUGUUAUUAAUGUCUUAAAUAUUCAUGAAGCAUAUGCUUGCAGAUCAUUUAUGGCAAAUGCUAAAACACUUUUAAAAGUUUAUUUCAGUAGCAUAAAAUAUACAAAGACUUGUUUUUUUUUUAUAUUAUGUCUCAAGCACUCAUGAAGCAUAUGCUUGCAGAGCAUUUUUGAUAAAUGUUGAAAUACACAGGUACCUAAAGAAAAAUUUUAGAACAGCAUAUUUUGGCCUAAAAUUCAAAGUAACAUCUAAAAACAUUUUUUAAAAAAAUUUCCUGAAGCAUAAGCAUAUGAAGCAUUUGUGCAAAUUUUAUCCAUGUAAUACUAUCUUAUCUCUGAAAAAUAAUUUCUUCGUCUAUUUGAAUGCUCUUAAAAAAUCCAGACUCCCGAAAAAUCUCAAAUUAUAAAAUCCUGGUAGAAAAAAAACAAUUUUCACGAAAAGAUAUAAUUUGAAAGUGAAGCAAUAAUUUCUAAAAAUCUGUAGAAAUUGCAUAAAAACUCUUCGAAGCACUCUGCGUUGAUACCACUGCUU